AUGGGCAUAGUUAGACCAUCGAAAAGUCCAUGGGCCUCCCCUAUGGUUAUAGUGCCUAAACCGGAUGGCACAAUCAGGUUUUGUGUUGAUUUUAGAAAAUUGAAUAAUGUCACCAAAAUGGAUGCAUAUCCCAUCCCUCGUAUGGAUCAAAUGUUGGAAAAGGUAGCCCAAGCUAGGUAUAUAUCGACUCUGGAUAUGAUCAAGAGGUAUUGGCAAAUCCCAUUAAAUGAGGAUUCUAUACCGAAAUCUGCUUUUAUAACUGCCCAAGGGUUAUUUGAAUUUACAGUCAUGCCCUUUGGCAUGAAAACUGCGCCGGCGACGUUUCAACGCAUGAUGAAACAUGAGGUGUUAAAUGGGUUGGAGGCUUUUGCGGAUGCCUAUAUUGACGAUGUGGAAAUUGACACAUCCACCACCUUUGAACAGCAUUUAAAAGAUCUGCGGCGAGUUUUUGAUAGGUUACGUGAAGCGAAGUUACGCGCAAAGCCGUCAAAAUGCAGAAUUGCUAUGCCUAUGGUAAAUUUUAUUGGCCAUAGGGUAGGUAUAAUCGCCCCUAGAGAUGCGCUCAUUGAAAUGAUAUUGCAGUUUCCGAAGCCCAAAACGAAAAAACAAAUUCGUUCAUUUCUUGGUCUGGCCGGAUACUAUCGUCGCUUUAUUGAAAAUUUUGCGGACAUUGCCACACCGCUUAUUAACUUAACCAGAAAAAUCGAACCUACGAAAGUGGUAUGGACUAGGCAAGCAGAAGAUGCUUUUUCUAAAUUAAAGCAAAAACUGACAUCCCCUCCGGUUUUGCGGCCUCCUUGCUGGGACCGUGUGUUUAUUCUUAAGACGGAUGCGUCAGGAUACGGCAUGGGCGCAAUCCUGAGUCAGUUGGAUGGUAACGGGGGAGAACAUCCCACCACUGCCACCAAUUGUGACGAUUUCUAUCGCCGACGUGGGCGCUGCAGUUCACAAUAA